AUGUUCUGCUUCUGCCUGCAGAGUUCCCUGCUGAAGCUCCAGGCGCUGGAGGUGGAGGGGGGGCCGUCGCUGGGUCCGUCCCCAGAGGACAGCCCUCCUGCCCUGGGCAGCAAGGAGCAGAAGAGCCCCAGUGUCCCGGCGGAGCUCGGAGGGAAGGACGGCAAGACGCUGGCUCUGUGUCACAGUGUCCCUGCAGACGAGAACAGUCCUCCAGAGCUGCUCAGCGUCCUGACCAGACCGCCACAGUCGCCUCGGCACCAGCCGCUGGCCUCCAUCCAGCCCGGACAGCAGCCCGUCCCCCCCGACCCAGCGCUGCCUCCCAGCCCUCACCCCUCGCCUUACUCCCCCCAGAGGGCCAGCCCCGGGGGUGACGGGGGAGGAGAUGGACCAGAAGGAGGAGGACCAGGUGGAGGAGGCGGAGCUCUCCUCCAGUUCCUGGCAGGAGGUCCCAGCCCCCUGCCCUCCCCUCGAUGCUCCAGCCCCAGCCUGAGGUUCAACUCCGACCCCGACUCGGCCCCGUCACCACCCUGCAGCCAGCAGUACAUACUGUGUCGGGGUCGGGCGGACCGGACCGAGGAACCGGAGGACCAGUGCCCCCCCUCCAUCCCCUUCCUCACGCGACACAUCCAGACUCUGAAGAAGAAGGUCCGAAGGUUUGAGGACCAGUUUGAGCAGGAGACCAACUACAAGCCGUCACACAACGAUAAAUAUUCAAACCCAGAGAUGGUGAGAGUGAUGAGCGAACUGGCGAAGGCUCGAAAGCAGCUCAAAGAGCUGAGACUUCGGCAGUCGGUGUUCGAGUCGAAGGAGCCGGAAAACACCGACGUCUGCAGGUACAGCUCCGGGCUGCAGGGGGCGUCGGAGCACAAACCGGCUCUGGAGGAAACAGUGGAGUCUCUGUUCAGACGACUGAGAGAGAAGCGACAAGCUCUGGGUCUCCCCGACAACAUGAAGGAGAUGACUCAGGCCCAGAUGGUUCUGGAGAAGAUCACCCUGCAGAAGUGUCUGCUGUACUUUGAGAGUCUUCACGGCCGGCCGGGAACUAAACAGGAGAAGAACCUGGUGAAGCCUCUGUACGACCGGUACCAGAUGAUCAAAGUCCUGCUGUGCUCCAGUCCGACCAUCAGCACCAUCGAGGAAGAGGACGGCUCUGACGAAGACUCGGCGGCCGACGAACUUCCUGUCCCGCCCCCUCGCAGGCCGACUCGCCCGGCGGCCGUCGAGGAGGACAGCGACCGAGACAGCGACCCGGCGUUCGUGUCUCCGAUAGACGAGGUGAAGGCUGUUCGUCAGCAGGCGGCUCUGACCACGGCCAACCUGCACGAAGCCUCCAGGUCUCAGCUGCUCGACUGUCUGCGGGAAACCAGAGCAGAGAAGAAGACGAGACGUAAGGUUCUGAAGGAGUUCGAGGACGAGUUUUACCGACAGACCGGGAGAAUCUGCCAGAAAGAGGACCGCAGUCCGAUGAAGGACGAGUAUCAGGAGUACAAGCAGCUGAAGGCGAAGCUGCGACUGCUGGAAGUUCUGCUCAGCAAACAGGACGUUUCCAGAACCGUGUGAGAACCUGAACGAGUUCAACGCGUUCCUCUGUAGAGCCUUCCCAUCUCCCUCCGAACUGUAAACGUCCAGCAGAGUCCAGAUCCGGUUCUGCUGCUGAGACUACCAGCAUCUUCCAUCCUCAACCAUCAGCCGGUCCAGUCCUGUUUGACAUUUUUAUACAAACUCUGUGUUUGAACUGAACGCACUUUAACCUGUGGAGAACAAAGACUCACGUCUGAGCUUUUCAUUUGUCACAUCAACACGCCCGAUCUUCAGAACCCAACAGCGCCGAGUCUGAAAGUCUAAUUCUAUAAAAACUGCAGUUUGUCCUCUUUGGAUCACGACCAGCUCGUGAAGAGAUUAACGAACGAAAAGAUGCAGAAGCUCUCUUCUAGAAACAACAAAAGAUGACGUUCGUCUUUGGGUUAAUGUGUAAAAUACUAUAAAAUAAGACAAACCCAGUUUCUCAUUUGCUAAUAUCAGGUGAAGUGUUUUUAGUCUCAAUCUACACUGUAAAAAAAGAACUAGUGAUGUGCAGUGAAACACGGGGCCAGCUGUGAAUCUCUGUUCAGCACUUGUUGCUUCUAACUGAUGAUUUUAACAAAAACCAGUUUUGUCAGAACUAAACUUUCAGCUGCAUCGAGACAUCAGUGAGGUUCUGGUUUGAGUUUUGGCGGGUCGAGAGCAGACUGGACGUCUGUCUUCAUAUCAGAGCAUUUAUUUUUAUCCACAGUCUAACGUUAAUAUGCAAAGUGUUGGAGGACGUAGAGGUUAGAAACCUGCCGCCCUGCUGUAGAGUCCCUCCACUGAACGUCUGAGUGUAAAAUUAAAAAAGGGCUCAACAACCAAACCGCAGACAGAAACUGUCGUGAGUUGGAGCAAAGUCUUUACCAGUCGACCAACAAACCAUCGCUGACCUGUGAUCUGAGGCACGUGUCAAGACAAAACGUCCAUGUAACGUCCAUAUAACGUCCAUGUAACAUAAUCCGGCCUGCCACGACGUUCAGACACGUAGUCUUCAAGCAGCGCGCGGCGUCUCUGCUCCUCUGAGGCUGAACCUGCUGAAGGCUGAGCGUCGAUGUUCCGCCUUCGUCAUCCUGAACCUUCGACAUGAACUCUGCUGUGAACAUAACUUCUGUGUCUGUGUUGUGUAACUUUACGAGCCUCUGAAAGGUGACGGAAACUUCUGCUUUCACUCUGUUUUCUGUUUCCUCUGAUCCGUACGAGCAGCUGGUGUGUUGGUUCAGUUCUAACAGUGGUCCAGGAAACACUCGGUCAGAACCGGCCGUUCGUACGGAUCAGAGGCAGAAAGCAGAUUGGGAAGGAACUCAAUAGUCAUCCUUAAAAAGAAAGUCUGUGACCUGCAGGAGGCGCCGUACAGAUCUGGUCUGCCUGAUACAUUUCUAUACAAACAAGUGGAGAAUAAAUAUUUUUGCUAGUAA